AAUGAGAAAGAAAGAGUGCAGAGAGACAGAAAAAAAGGGAGAGCUAGGGUAGCAGUGAAGCAGCAGGCAGACAGGAAGGCGUAAGGAGGAAAAAGCAAAGGGAGGACAGAAUUAGCAUUUUCUUCCUGCCUUCUCAGAGAGGGAGGAGGAAAGAGAAAGAAAGAAAGAAAGAGCUGAGCCUGUGGAUUCUCCUUCUUUUCUUUUAUCCUCUCCUCCUUGCUGAAGCUGCUCUAAAUGCUCUCCCAUAGAGGGAGAGCUUUGGGGGUAGCGUAGAAAAAGAGUUUGGCUUGCAUACUAGAGCGAGCUAGAGGCACGCAAACAUACAUCCAGGACGGAAGGCAGAGUUGCAGGCAUGGCUGCCAAAAGGGGCAAGUCAGGAGUACCACAGAAUGUGGCACGGAGCGAGCUAAAGGUCUAUCGUACAGGUAGCACAGAGGGACGCAUCCCUGUGCCCACCAACCUGCGCAAGCAGAGGUCUCUGACCAACCUAGCUGUUCUGACGGAUGCUGAGAAGAAGAUGCAGCUCUACGAGCCCAAGUGGUGCGACGACAUGGGCAAGGCCAGCACUAGCCAUCUGAAGACAGGCAAGCCGAAACCAACAGGCGGAGGAGGAGGGCCUGGUAGUGCCCAGCUAUCACGGAACCUAUCCAAGUCAGAACAUUCUUUGUUCCAGGCCAAACCCAAGCCCUUUACCCCACUUGCUGCUCCUGGUGCCCUGGGGAAGACCCAGAGCCGCAUCCCCCGGGGUCCAUAUGCGGAAGUAAAGCCUCUUAGUAAAGCUGCAGAUGAUGGAAAGUCAGACGAUGACAUCCUUUCCAGCAAGGCAAAGGUUGCAGGUAAGAAGACUGCAACUGGAGGUCAGGUUGACUCUGAGGCCAAAGACCAAGGUGAGGAAGGUGGUGAUAAGCCCUUUUUGAAGGUGGAUCCAGAACUAGUGGUCACAGUUCUUGGAGAUCUGGAGCAGUUACUCUUCAGUCAGGUGCUUGAUCGAGAGUCUCAGAGGAAGCGUACUGUUCAGAAUGUUCUGGAUCUCCGGCAGAACCUGGAAGACACCAUGUCCAGCCUGCGAGGGACCCAACUCAGUCACGGUUGCCUGGACAGUAGUAUGUGCUAUGAUAGUGAUGACACCAACGCCCGUAGUGUCUCCAGCCUCUCCAACCGUUCCUCUCCACUGUCCUGGCGUCAUGGCCAGGCCAGCCCCCGUCUGCAGGCUGGCGAUGCCCCCUCUUCCACUGGUUAUCCGCUGGGUUCAAAAGCUGCAUCCCAAUACACCUCUCAUACCAUGCCUGCCCGCUGCUCGAGCCGCAUCAGCAACACCUCCCACAUUGAACUCAUUGAGAACCUGGACACAGGAGAUGGUGACCUCAAAUCUGGCUACCUGAGUGAUUCUGACCUAAUGAGCAAAAGUCUGAAUGAGGAUGAUGAUGACGAUGAUAAUCUUGCCAACGGGUGGGAUGAGAGCAGCUCCAUCAGCAGUGGUUUGAGUGAUGGCUCUGAUAACCUGAGCUCAGAGGAUCUGAAUGCCAGCUCCUCACUGAACUCGCUACCCACUACACCAGUCGGCUCACGACGGAACUCCUCCGUCAUGCUGCGUACAGAUGCAGAGAAGCGUUCUCUGGUGGAAAGUGGUCUUGCUUGGUACAGCGAGGACAACAAGGCCUUGCAGAAAGCAGACAGUGGAGCCUAUGAUACCGGCAGCCUGAAGACGGAGUCUUCCAGCAAAUACAGAAAGAGCAAACCAGCAGAGGGCGUCGCACAGGAGAAGACCGCAAGAAGAGAGCUGAAAAAGCCGCAGAGCCUCGGGCAACCAGGCAGCUUCAAGAAGAGCCAAAAUCCUCCUCCAGUUGGAGUCACAUCUCCCAUCACACACACGUCACAGAGUGUGCUCAAAGUGGCAGCAACUAAAGGAGACGCGAAGGUCGUGGAUAAGCAGAAGUUGUCCCUGAAGACUUCAGGCCUGCAGCGUUCCCGCUCUGAUGCGGGUCGGGACAGUGUGGAGCAUCGCAAACCCCCCUCAGGCCUUGUCAAACCCACUGCAGGCAGCUUCGGCUACAGGAAAACCCCGACCACCGGCACGGCUACUGUAAUGACAGCAGGCGGUGCCACCAUCUCCAGUGGGUCAGCCACAGUGGGCAAAACUCCGAAGUCCUCAGGCAUCCCCACCAAGCCUGUGCCUGGAGGAGGAAGCCGAAAGAAUAGCCUGGAUGCCAGCAACGGUGAGAACGGCUUCCUAGCACCAAACGCCCGCGGCAGCAUUCAGUACCGAAGUCUCCCUCGUCCUGCCAAGUCCAGCGCUAUGAGCUUAACGGGGCGAGCCGCUUCUCGUCCUGUUAGCAGCAGCAUUGAUGCAAGCCUCCUUAGCCUCAAACCCAUGCCUGCUUUACCUGCUACCAUGCCUACUAGAGGAAAGGAUGGAGGUAGCAUAAAGGCAGGCAGCCGCACAAGCAACGUCGGGCCUGUUAACCAGACAGACAGGGAGAAGGAGAAGGAGAGGGCCAAGGCCAAAGCGGAUCUGGAGAACAACUCUCUGAAGAGUGAGAACCAGAGAGAGAGCUGUGGAGAGAAUGCAGAGCAGAUCCACAGGACACGCAGGACCAGCACAAGCAAAUACCCAGAACUGAGUUCUCCAACUACCACACAAAGAACACUGGCUAAGUCUCUCGCCCACCCUCCGAGCCUGGCACACCUGGACAAGGUGAAUUCCAACAGCCUAGACACUUGUGUGACUAUCGAAGACCUUCCCCCAAAGAUUCCUCCGUACUCCAAACUGCAGGACCUCGUGGGCUCGCGCGUGCCCAGCCGUCUCACGCCCAGCCCAGCUCCAGUGCUCAACAUCGAUUCACCAAGCUGCUUCUCCGGUCAGCCUCUUUCUCUGAGCAGCUCCCCACUCUUAUACCCCAAGAUGUCUGGUGUCCACCACAGCAUGGAGUCCCUGUCUCUACACAUGAGCCUGCCACCCAGCGUGGAACUCGGGGACCAGGAGGAGACCACAGGCAGAACUAUGGGCACAUGGGGGGCAGGCACUCGCACAUCGGUCACCUUAAAUGACAGUUUACAAACUGACAGGAACACCUUACCCAAGCAAGGAUUAAGUCGCUACAGUAGUAGCCAAUCAGAAGGAGAAGGAAAAGAGCGGCGCCACUCCCACACAAUAAUGAGUAUGACCGAGUCUGAGAGCCCACCCCAACUCCCAUCACCCACUCACUUGAGCCAGUCCUUUGCUGGCAAAACACCCCCCACCAAUGUGGUGGCUCCCAUUACAAGCUCAAACACGACCCCUCGCAUCACUCGCUCCAACAGCAUCCCAGCAAAUGAGGGCAGCUAUGACCUGUAUGCAAGUUCCCCUCUGGGAAGCUCCAUCUCACUGGCCGAUCGGCCGAAGAGCAUGAUGCGCUCUGGAUCCUUCCGGGAGCCUGGAGAGGAUGUCCAUGGUUCUGUCCUAUCCCUGGCUUCCAAUGCUUCAUCCAACUACUCAUCAACAGAGGAGAGAAUGCAGGGAGAGCAAAUCCGAAAACUAAGGCGUGAACUUGAAGCAUCUCAAGACAAGGUGGCCAACCUGACGAGUCAACUGUCUGCUAACUAUAACCCUGACCCUAACACCACUGUCCCUCUCUCCUUGGCUGAUGUCCUCUUCUGGCUGCGGGCUGGUUUGCGGGUCCUCGGGGGCUGCUCGCUCCAGCAGGCAGGCCAGGCAAACCUGGUGGCAGCUUUUGAACAGAGUCUGACGCUUAUGACUGCACGUCUGCAGAGCCUGUCUGUUACCUCUGAGCAGAAGGAUGUUGAGCUACAGGACCUGAGGGAAACCAUCGAAGUAUUGAAAUCCAAGAACACAGAGGCCCAGGUUAUCAUCCAUGGAGCACUCAACAACCCCGACUCCACACCCAAAGAGCUGCAGAUUAAUAGGCAGAACUCAUCUGAGAGCAUUGCCAGCAUGAACAGUAUCACCAGUCAUUCCAGUUUGGGUAGCCUGAAGGAGCAAGAUGCCAAGAAAAAGAAGAAGAAAAGCUGGCUGAGAAGUUCCUUUAACAGGGCUUUCUAUAAGAAGGGCUCCAAGUCGUACUCGGAUAUUGAGGAAAUUGCCACCCCAGAGUCCUCAACUCCUUCCUCCCCUAAAAUCCAUCACGAUGUGGAAAAAGCACCAUUCUCCUUAGAUGUUUCCACUUCUGCCUCCUCCUCUGGACUGGGUGACAGCAGUGAGGGCAUCGAAACUGAUGAAAAGGUGGUCUCUGAGCUGCGCUCUGAACUCUGGGAAAAGGAACGCAAACUUACAGAUAUCCGUCUGGAGGCCCUUAGUUCUGCUCACCAGCUGGAGCAGCUGCAGGAAGCCAUGAGCAAGAUGCAGAUGACUGUAGAAAAUUUGAAGGCAGAAAACGACCAGCUGAAGACGGGUGUCUCCAGACCUCCAAGCUCCACCUCCCAGUCUUCCGGGCUGGGCUCACUGGGCACCUCGUCACCACGGCAAUCUGUGGCAUCUCUUAGCAAAACCUUUAGCAUGGGAGCAACUGAAAGCUUAAACACAGACGUAUUUCAAAGUCCUACCUCGACCCUGCAGAAGGAUGAGAGCUUUGUCAGAGUGUUAGUGCGUAUACCCAACCAGCAAGUCUUUAAUGAGGAGGCGAAACAACUGGAAUUCUUCAUUGGCCUGGUCAAACUCAGUGGGCAGACUGAUUGGUGCACUCUUGACUCUGCCAUCUGCCAAGCUUUUAAAGACUACUUAUCAGUGGUGGACCCAAGCUCCAGCCUGGGCCUGUCUCAGGACUCCAUCUACAGCUACAGCCUCAGUCAUCUGAAGCGGGUGCUAGGGGUUCAGCCACCCGAAACUCCACCAGUACGCUGCCUUAGCAAGACUUCCACAUGCAUCAACGUGGCUCUCAAAGGUCUGAAGGAGAAAUGUGUGGACAAUGUGGUGUUUGAGACGCUUAUCCCGAAGCCUAUGAUACAACACUACAUUAGUCUGCUGCUCAAACACCGGCGCUUGAUCUUGUCAGGGCCCAGUGGCACAGGGAAGACUUAUCUUUCCUCCCGUCUCGCUGAGUACCUGAUAGAGCGCAGUGCCCGAGAGAUCACUCCUGCCAUCGCAGUCUCCUUCAACAUGCACCAUCAGACCUGCAAGGAUCUUCAACUUUAUCUGUCUAAUCUGGCAAAUCAGAUUGACCGGGAGACUAGUACAUCUGAAGUCCCACUGGUUGUCGUGCUUGAUGAUGUACAUGAUGCUGCAUCCAUCAGUGAAUUAGUUAAUGGUGCUUUAACAUGUAAAUAUCACAAAUGUCCAUACAUUAUCGGGACCACAAAUCAACCAGUGAAGAUGACCCCCAACCACAGCCUGCACCUUAGCUUCAGGAUGGUUAUGUUCUCCAAUAAUGUGGAGCCAGCCAAUGGCUUUCUAGUGCGCUACCUGCACAGGAAGCUCAUGGAAGCAGAGGACCCAAGAAGCUUGACGAAUGAGGACCUCUUGCGGGUGCUAGAUUGGGUGCCCAAGCUCUGGUACCACCUCCACACUUUCCUGGAGAAGCACAGCACCUCUGACUUCCUCAUUGGGCCGUGUUUUUUCCUGUCCUGUCCAGUGACAGUUGAGGAGUUUCGCUGUUGGUUCAUUGACCUGUGGAAUCACUCAAUCAUUCCUUACCUGCAGGAGGGAGCCAAAGAUGGUAUCAAGGCACAUGGUCAGAAGGCAGUGUGGGAGGACCCAGUGGAGUGGGUGCGGGAUUCUCUCCCUUGGCCCUCUGCCCAGCAGGACCAGGCCAAGCUCUUCCAUCUGCCUCCACCCAGCACGGGGCCAGUCAGCCCGAGCCAAGCUGGAGAUGAGCGGCCCCACAAAGAAACCCCUCCCAGCUCGAUGGAGUCGGACCCACUGAUGGCUAUGCUGCUAAAACUGCAGGAGGCAGCCAAUUAUAUUGAAUCACCAGAAAAAGAGGCAGACCCCAAACUGCCCACGCUAUGAACACAAAUAUGUACUGAGCCUUCACUGAUCUCUUUCAUCACUCCAGUGGUUCUGACGAAACUCAGAGGUCCUAAUGCAAACUCCUGAAAUAUAUCUUCAUGUCAUAAAUUACUAAAAAUGUCUGUAUUCUUCUAACAGAGAACAUAAAUCAUUUUUUUUUCUUGGUUGGCUCACCUCAUUUUGCUUUCCUGUUUAUAUAAUAAUGUAUGUACAUUGCAAGAAUAUUUGUUAUAAAACGUGUCAUAAAAGCCUAAAGAUACUUUUAGUCACAAAAUAGGUACUUUUGUUACAAACAGAAAUAUAUAAUGCUUGUACCUGCAGAUCAUAUACACUAUACAGUUUACAUAUGGCAUAAUCAGUAUAUGUUUUUUUUUCCUUUUCAUGAGCAUUUACUGUUCCACUGCUGCCCACAGUCCAACUCAAGGAAGCAGGUGUUAACUGCUAAUUGCAAGCAUGGACGAAUUCAUCUCUCACACGUUCUGAAUAGAUGAAAACAGCACAUCCGAUUGAGCGCCAGCUCUCCGUGCAGACUUUUGCAGUGAUGAGCGUGCAGCAGCAUCACUGCUGAUCAAGCAUGUCUGCCUGGCCAUACAUUUCAGUAGUCGUCUACCCAGAAUUUGAACUGCACGCUAAAGCUUGUGAUCGCUACGAACCUCUGGCACACCUUGGAUUUCUUUUUUUGUUUGUUUGUUUUUGUUGUUUUUUUUCCUACCAGAAUAUCAUUUCAGCAAACAAGAAUGCCAUAGAAAGGCAAAGUGUGCCAUCCUGUCCCCUGUAGGGGGCAGUGUUGAUCUCAAAAGCUACAUGGCCAUACUACUGGCAAUGCUGGGGAAGUCAGCAAAAGCGUUUCAACCGUACAUAGCAAAGAGUAUAGAAAGAGAGCUUUCAUACAGAGUGCAGUAACCGAAUGCUAUUUCUGUAAGCUCUCUAAACAGCAUAACAUUUCUGGAUUCUUUUUUACGUAACAGUACUGUAGUUAGAUUUUAUUCGGCUUUGAAACUAACCUCAGCUCAGGGGGUGGGUAAUCUCAGGCAUUCAGACAUGAUUAUUUAAUAGUGCUGUACUCUUGGUUUAAAGGCUGUCUUGUAGCAUACGGUGCAAAUAUCUCAAAAUGCAAAAACCAAAUCCUCAAGUGUCCAGACCUGCUCAGUACCAGCCCUGUGUUCAGAGUAGGAGAGAAACUGCCCCUACAGAUGUGCAUUAAGAGCUGCUUAAAUAAAGAGAACUCUAGAAAAGCGCAAGAUUAUAUUUUGAUUUAUUUGGUGCUAUCAGACGUCACCCACCUCUGGGAAAAUAGCUAUUUCCCAUGCAGUGGUCUUAUAUUAACAGUAGAGGUGCUUUAUCACAGUAAACUAGCCUUACGGUCUCAUAGCUUACAAUGGCAUCUUCAUGAAGUAACUACCAGAUAUUAUCCAUUCAUCUCGUACCUUUAUCCGCCUCUUUAUGCGCUCCUUUCUACUUCCAACGGCCGUGGCAUGUCUUAACAUUAUUGUGUUACCAUUGAAACUUAUCGUAAGCAUAUCAAAACAGCGUUUUUUCUGGGAACUAAAUUAAAGGCGAUGUUGCGUGUUGCUUUAUCAGAAGAUCCAACAUUUGGCCCUGUCGUAAAAUUACGAGGCAUGAACUUCGAUACGCUUGGCUAGGAAUGUACUGCAUAAAUUAAGGGAUGCACAAUUGCUCAAGAUAAGCAGUGGUGGACCAGUAAUUUCCCUCAACCUUACCAGAAAGCAUAAAGCAUAUCAAUAUAUGCAUGUUUACAGGCAAAAUUGAUUUCAUUGAGUGGAUCAGUGGUAAAAUUUGGUUUGUGCAUUGAUUAUUUUAUUUUGCCUUAAACACUGUAUUCAUGUCAUCCGUGUAAAUAUGUCACUGACAGAUAAUGGGGAAAAGGGUCUUAAAUGGUCAUAUAGGGUUUGUUAUGUAGAAAAAGUGCCACAAAAUCCUUUAGAUAGAUAGGUAUUACUUUUAUUCAUAUACAGUAAGAUUGUCUAUUUCUGAAGUUUCUUUGCGCUGCUAUUCAUAAUCUGCUGUGGGAGAUUUCCAUUUAUUUACAUCCCUUAAGACUUAUGACAGCUUGUCAAGGCUUUUAUUUGUCAAAUCCAUACAAUGGCUUUCUUUCCUAAAAAGAGACAGGAGGACAGGACGUCAGGUCCCAUUUGCUAAUCUGUAUGUCAUUUAAAAAUGUUAUGAGGAUAGCUCGGCCUUUAUAGUGUAACAGUAUUAUUGGUAAUUUGUCCUAAAAUUGAAAUACAGCCGGGAAAACAUAGUUUAACUCAAGGGGCAAAUUUUGAAUCUUUUCUUCACGUGUUUCGUCUUGCUUUGAGGCAACAGAUGAGAAGAAAUGAAUCAUUGCCCAGCCAUGUGUUAUACCCGUGCCUCACGUUUGCCCCUGUAUGAAAUAGGAUGUUGGGAACAGAAGCCGUUGUGCUCUGACUACAUCAUGUCUCUGGUUCAUGUGCCUGUAACUGUGAUGGCUGUGUUGUGUUGUGCUGUGUCUCCCUAAAAGGACUAUUCAACAACUUACUGUUGAUUUUGACUGGCGAAGGGGAGGAUGAUAGUGACGCUGGUCGGGUUGGGUUUGUUUUUUUUUUCUUUGUACUUGUUCUCUCUCUCAGUCCCACGUAAAAUGUUCUUAACUGCAGUACAUCUAAACUAGACGCCCGAGUGGAGUGAUCAUUAUUGGUCAUUUUAUUGGAGGAUUUUGAGAGCAUUACAUUUAUACCAUGCAGUUGUAUUGGAUGCAAAGACCCAAGAAAAAAAAAAACUUUCUAUGUUGGCCAAAGUUAUUACAAAUAUCCUUUGAUGCAUCAGAUCUGUUCGAAUGACUUAUUGGAUUCUAUGACUAGAUUUUUUUCUGAAGAGUGUAAGUUUGUUUUACACAAAACAGUGGGCUAGCUCUCGGUCACAAGUUGUUGAACAGUCCACAGAUUCCAUGCAAUGCUUGUUAUUGAUUCAAAAUUAAAAUAGUCUACUAUCAAAGGUAUGGUAUCUAAUGUAACUUGCAAUGUGCAAUCGAUGUGCAAUGGGUUUCUAAAUGUUGUAGAAGCAUGUGUGGAAAAAAAGAAUCUGGAAAUGGUCGACCUAACGUUUGGCCAUUAUAAUAGGAUAGAGCCGCCUUGUUUGUAAUUUUCCCCAAAUAAUUGUUUAAAGCAGUUAAUUUUCUUUUAUUUUCUUUUUUUGUACAUAAUGUCAUAAUUGUAUACAUUGUAAAUAGCCAAGUCAUUUGCGACAACAAUCAUUUAGGAUCAGAAAACAUAGAGAAGUGUGGUUUGUGAAGGAGAAGUUGUUUGUUCGGAGUGGCCCUGUAAACCUGUGGGGAAGUGGCAUGCUUUCAGAGGUCUCUGCAUAACCACAAGUCCAACGUUAUUCAUCUGCCAUAAUAAAACCACACCAUGUUCUUUAA